UACACUGUGAAUAAUCCGGAUUUAGUCUGUAGAAACCGUCCGCUCCGUUUAAGCAAGCUUGCUAGUUCACUGUCAAAUCACAAGCGAGAUGUCGAAAAGAUGGAAACAUUUCCCCUGUGUAGCUUGCCAACCAGUUAAGUAGUAAGCUAGCUAACAUAACGAAGCGGAAUUGCGUAUUUCGGAUGAGGUAUAGGUACAUAAUAACAGAUGUCAAGGACGUUCUCCUUUCGUUUGAGGCAAGAAGAGUUUCUGUGGUGAUGGACACUCCUGGUGGGAGAGAUGAGCAUGUGCAGCAGCAGGAGCGGCUGCAAAGGGAGGAGGCCUACUAUCACUUCAUAAAUGGGCUGAAUGAGGAGGAGUACCGUCUCAUGAGGGAUAGCAACCUGCUCGGAACACCUGGCGAAGUCACCGCAGAAGAGUUGCGUCAGCGUCUGGAUGGAGCAAAGGAGCGGCUUUUGGCCCAGCCUCACCUUGAGCCCCGCCCACAGAGCAGCGAGUCACAUGAAGACAACGGGGGCAGAGGGGGUGUGGAGGCGGGCAGCGAAGCGUCUAACGGGGACUCUCUCCUCGAGUGGCUCAACACAUUCCGGCGCACGGGCAACGCCACGCGCAGCGGGCAGAGCGGCAACCAGACCUGGCGCGCCGUCAGCCGCACCAACCCCAACAGCGGCGAGUUCCGCUUCAGCCUGGAGAUCAACAUCAACCACGAGCAGCCGGAGCCGAGCGACGCCACCGACUCUCCCUCGCGCGAGCCCCCGCCGCUCGACCCCGCCCACCCCUCCCAGGGACGGAGGCCGCAGGUGCGACGCACGCGGAGCGGCUCGGCCGCCGCGGCCGCGACCGCGCCCCCGACCCCGCCCCUGAUCCCCGCCGGCAGAGUGACGGGCGUGCGGAGGGGCGGGGACCCGGGCGCCCCCGCGCAGGCAGCCCCGCCCCAGGUGGCGGCGAUGGGUGGGGGGAGGCGGGGUCAGGCCCAGGGGGCCGAACACGAGCGGGGUCCCGUGGAGCGGGACUGCCCCCGCGCUGCGCCGGAGGCCGGCCAAUCAGGGUCGUCGGUGGCCGGGGAGCGGCGCAGCAGCAGAACUCGAGCACGGGGCCGCCGGGGCUGCAGGGGGGGGCGGGGCAUGGCUUCCCGCCGCAGCCGGUCGCCGCUGCACAGACCGGCGGAUAACCCCCAGCCCACUGAGCCCAGCUCCGCCCGACCCGACAGACCAAACACCCCCGAACCCGCCGAAGCCAGUGCGGCCCAGUCCAUUGGGCUCAGUGCUGCUCUGACUCAGGUUCCCGGUGAGUCUGAGGGUAGCAUGGAUGUGGGAGAUACUGUUAGCGAGCCAGGCUCCAUUGCUCCCGUCCUGCCUUUACCUGGGACAGCCCAGGACACCUCCACCCCUCCUCCACCAGGGACCGACCCUGAGACUCCUGACCAGCCUCCGCCCGGGCCUGCCCCUGACACACCGGCCCCGCCCCCGCCCGGGGCGGCCUCUGAGGGGGCCGGGGCCGGGGAGGAGGCGGAGGCGCAGGCGGCGGGCCAGGGGGGGGCCGGCGUGCGGCGCCAUCCCACCAUCAUGCUGGACCUGCAGGUGCGGAGGAUCCGGCCGGGGGAGAACCGCGACCGCGACAGCAUCGCCAGCCGCACGCGGUCGCGGGUGCGCACGGCCGAGAACACGGUCACCUUCGAGAGCGACAGCGGCGGCUUCCGCCGCACCAUCUCGCGCUCGGAGCGCGCCGGCAUCCGCACCUACGUCAGCACCAUCCGCAUCCCGCUGCGCCGCAUCUCGGAGACGGGCCUGGGCGAGCCCAGCUCCACCGCCCUGCGCUCCAUCCUGCGCCAGAUCAUGACCGGCUUCGGCGAGCUCAGCUCCCUCAUGGAGACCGAGGCCGACGCGCAGGCCGCCCCGCCCGGCCCCGGCCCCGGCCCCCAGGCGCACGUCGCCCGCGGCGACGAGGACGCCGCGCCCCCCGAGCCUCCGGAACGGCAGGCGACGCCGGCGGCGGGGGCGGCUGGGGAGCGGCUCGUGGCGGGAGAGGAGGAACGAGCCGGGGCGGGAGGGGCCCCCGGCGAGGGACGGGCCGCCAGCCGCGACACCAACAACCUGGUGGAGAACGGCACCCUGCCCAUCCUCCGCCUCGCCCACUUCUUCCUCCUGAACGACGACGAGGACGAGGAGCACCAGCGGGGCCUGACCAAAGAGCAGAUCGACAAUCUGUCCACGCGCACCUACGGCCAGGCCAGCCUGGAGGGCGAGCUGGGCCGGGCCUGCAGCGUCUGCAUCAACGAGUACGCCCAGGGCAACAAGCUGCGCCGCCUGCCCUGCGCGCACGAGUUCCACAUCCACUGCAUCGACCGCUGGCUCUCCGAAAACAACACCUGCCCCAUCUGCCGGCAGCCCGUACUGUCCGCCCCGCAGGAGUGAUCCCCAUCCCGGCCUUCCUCAUUCUCCGCCCGCCUGGAGUCUGAUUCUUCCCGUUCUCUGUCCAUUCAGACCGCCUCGUCUCGCCAGGAGGGCGUCGGCUUCCGCCAUGACGACAGACUGAGCCCUGUGGGCUGGACUAUGUAAAUGCUGUCUCUCUGUGUUUUAACUGAUUAGUCAAAUCCAUUGUAUUGGGCUGAGGGUAGAGCCAAAAAAUGAAUAACUGAAAUAUAAAAAAAGCGCUUUACACAGAGGAGUAGCAAAGCUAUAUUUUUUUAGACUUUCGUUUCUUUCUGCGUCCGGCUUUUUCUGUUAGAGAGGCCUCCGUGUCCGAAAUCUCUCCAUUUCAGUAUUGCUUCAGAGUAAUCGAUAUUAAGUCUUAUAAACACAAUUAGUCUCAUAUUAUCUGAAAUUAAUUUUUCUGUAACAAAUGGAUUUUAUUUAAUGACUCAUAGAGUCCGCACUCAAAUUAUAUAUUGUUGUGAGUGGAUAGUAAAUGAAAAAAUGAGCAAGACUUGAAAGUGCCACAUCGUAAUUUGUGUGACUCUGAAUCCAUUUUCUAAGAACAGGAAUUAAAGGGGAGAUUCAGGGGAACUCUUAAAAGUGCUAAGCUACAACCCCACAUUCAGUCUUUGUGUAUUUGCAGAAUGUGCCUUCAGUGUGUCUGGAGCUGAAAUGGUCACCCCAUCUGAUUGGUUGCUAUGUGUGCAAUCCUCAACUGUGAUUGGCUGGUUCAUCUGAUAUCCUUUAACAAAUCACAAGGUAUCACAGGGGUGUACUUGCAGUGGCCAAGUAUGGUUAUUUUAUGGUGGUAGUGGGAACUGUGUCCAGGAUGUUAUCAGUUGUCUGACUGGUGCUAAUGAAGUGACUGGUUAAACUGCAUGAAAAUUGGUUUAACCAGUCAUGUGGUUCGCUGCUCUGUGGGCGGGGCUCAAGGUGAAUUUGUCAGUUGAGCACAACUCAGUGUUAAUUCCCCCAAAUUACUCUGCAUAGCCAUUGCAAAUGACAGCUAUAUGUGAUUUUAUUAUUUACACAGACAUUUGCUUCACAUGAACAUUAUUGUGUAUUAAUUGGAAGCAGCAACUAUUGUCAUGAUACCUUUUAUUAAGAUGACCUCUGCAGAACAGAUUCUCAAACUCAACCAGGGGGACAUUCAAAUACCUACUAUUGUACAAUUUCUUUUGGCAGUUAUAAGAAGUUAAAAACAUAAUUUUAUGAACGGGGUCUCCUCCACUGUCAGCACAUAGGACUUUAUUGUAAUCCCACAUGUAAAACAGUCGGUUAGCAAAGUGAAUCAUUCAAAAAAAAACUGAUGCAGCAGUUCUUCGAGGAUGGAUCAGAUUGGUUCAGAUACCUUGAAUAAAUAUAGGCUGUUUGUUCUUCGUUUA